CUCAGUAGCGUCUACACUGCCGGAAAGAUAUAUAAGAAGAAGAAGAACACUGGACACAUCUCCGCUGUCCUCACUCGUAGUCAUGCAAAACUGACCGUUUUACCAUUCCUACAUCAUCCUCUGUCACCAGGAAUGAAGACUUGGGAGUUUAAGUUAACACACGAGUAGUAUGCUGGACGUGGGAAAGUGGCCGGUGUUCGCCCUCUUGCCCCCUGAAGAACUGCGGCUCAUCCGUCAAGCCUGUGUGUUCGGUAGUGCUGCAAAUGAGGCUAUCUACGUUACCGUCAGUGAUGAGGUAUUUGUACUGGGGACGAACUGCAGUGGCUGCCUGGGGCUUGGGGACAUGCAGAGCACCAUUGAACCCAGACGAAUAGACAUCUUGUGUGGGAAGAAAAUUGUGUCUUUGAGCUAUGGCACAGGGCCACAUGUAGUCAUCGCCACCGCAGAUGGAGAAGUAUAUUCCUGGGGUCACAAUGGCUACAGUCAGCUGGGUAAUGGCACCACUAACCACGGCCUUACUCCUGCCUUGGUUUCCACCAACCUCAUCAGCAAGAGGGUGACAGAGGUGGCCUGUGGCUCUCACCACACCAUAGCCCUCACCACAGAGGGAGAGGUGUAUGCUUGGGGAUACAACAACUCUGGGCAGGUGGGCUCUGGAUCCACGGCUAACCAGCCCACCCCACGCAGGGUCAGCAGCUGCCUGCAGAAUAAGGUGGUGGUCAACAUCGCCUGUGGACAGCUCUGCUCCAUGGCUGUCCUGGACAAUGGAGAGACAUACGGCUGGGGUUAUAACUGCAAUGGGCAGCUUGGUUUGGGCAACAAUGGCAAUCAGCAAACCCCCUGCCGGAUCGCCGCCUUACAGGGAAUCAACAUCGUACAGGUGGCAUGUGGAUAUGCACACACACUGGCUCUUACAGAUGAAGGAUUUGUUUACUCUUGGGGUGCAAACUCAUAUGGGCAGCUGGGUACUGGCAACAAAAGCAACCAGGCUGUGCCCACCCUCAUCAAUAUGGACAAGGAGAGAAUGGUGGAGGUUGCUGCGUGUCACACCAGUCACACAUCAGUGGCGAAAACACAGAGUGGUCAGGUGCUGAUGUGGGGUCAGUGUCGGGGUCAGGCUGUGGCCUACCCUCAUCUCACACACUUCACCAGCACUGAUGAUGUUUUUGCCUGCUUUGCCACACCAGCAGUCACCUGGCAUCUCCUGUCUGUGGAUGGAGAUGACUACCUGACUGUUGCCCAGUCGCUAAAGCGAGAGUUCGACAGCCCAGAAAUCUCUGACUUAAAGUUCCUGGUUGAUGGGAAGAGUAUUCACGUGCACAAAGCCCUUCUUAAAAUCAGGUGUGAGCAUUUCCGAGCAUUGCUGAACGAGACUGAUGAAGAGACCAUAGAGAUUCAUCAGUUCUCUUUUCUAGUGUAUCGUGCAUUUUUGGAGUACCUGUACACUGAUACCAUCAACCUCCCACCUGAGGAUGCCAUUGGUCUUCUGGAUUUGUCCACGUACUACCGUGAGAGCCGUCUGAAAAGACUCUGCCAGGAGACCAUCAAGAGAGGCAUCACAGAGGAGAACGCUAUAACACUGCUUUCAGCUGCUGUCAAGUAUGAAGCACGGGAUUUGGAAGAGUUCUGUUUCAAGUUUUGCGUUAAUCACCUGACAGCUGUCACUCAGACACAGGCCUUCGCUGACAUGGACCACGAUCUGCUGAAGAACUUCAUCAGCAAAGCCAGCCGCUACGGGGCUUUCAAGAACUAACAGAAAGAUAUAGUCAAAGGAGGUAUACUGGUUUGGCUCUGCAACAUCAAGGCAAGUUAUCCCAAAAACCUCAGAUGUGGAGUUAGAGGAGCCAAAUUCUUGUGGUUCGAGUGUGAAGAAGUGGGAAAGGCACUGGUUGCCCUGGUGCACUGGUUGUCUUCUGGGUCCCAGUGCCUUUAAAUUACCUGGUCACCUGAAGCCCUAUUUAAGCAGAAGAAUUCAAGACUGGAUUCAAAGGGACCAGACAAGUCUGAAAAGAUUGUAUUGAAAUAGCUAAACAAAAAGAAAGGCUUCUGAGGUGCUUUAUGAGCAAGGGAUUCAUCUAUGCAUAAGCAAAAGGGAAGACCAUCUCAUGUAGGAGAUGGUUGAUGGAGAAAGAGUUGCUUUUCUGCUACUGAACUAUUGUUUGGUCAAGACCAUAUUAAUUUGCAAUAUAUUUCCAGUCUUUAAAUAUAAAACAUAUUGGAAAAACAGCCAAACAGGUGGUCCAUCUCACAUACAUCCAUUAUUACCCAUUUGGGGCAGUCGUGGCCUAACGGUGAGAGUGUUGGACUUGCAAUCCAAAGGUUGCAAGUUUGAGUCUUGGGCUGGCAGGAAUUGUU